AUGGUGUCAAUUGAAUAUUCCAAGGCUUUACUGCAAGUGCUUGAAGUGAACUUAGCUUAUAGGGAAUAUUUAGCAUCUAUUCGACUAGCGUGCUUUCAUAACGACAGUACAGUAUUUGGUUACAAUGAGGAUCAGACAAAGAAAUUGGAAUUUUCAGUUGCACAGACUGAAGAGAACAACUGCUUACAGCAGAACUUAAUAAAUGCUUAUCGACGUUAUGGUUACUUAGCUGCUGAUCUCGAUCCAUUAGGUUUGAAAAAACCUCUCAAAGUGCCUGAACUGGCACCUGAAAUGUACGGUUUGGAUAACGAAACUGUGGUAAAAACUGAUAAUAAGGAAGUGAAAGUUUUUGAUUUAGUUGAGCAUUUAAAGAGAUUAUACUGCGGACCGAUAACUGCCGAAUUUAUGCAUUUAAUUGUACGUAAUGUGGAUACUGAAGAACGUCACUGGUUUGCUUCUAACUAUGAGAAACUGCAGCAGGUAACAUACACAACGGAGCAGAAAAGAAAAUUUGCAGACUUGAUGUUACGUUGUCAGAAUUUCGAUCAUUUUUUGGCUUUGAAAUUUCCAACCACUAAGCGUUACGGUGGUGAGGGGGCAGAAGCUAUGCUGGUCUUUCUAAGUGAGUUGUUUGACAGGGCACCGAUCUUUGGUAUUGAAGACAUCAUUUUAUGUAUUGCGCAUCGCGGACGUCUUAAUCUUCUUGUUGAACUUAUGAAAUUUCCAGUUGUUCAAAUGUUCAGGAAGGUAGCCAAUAUGCGUGGACUAAUCGAAUUCCCAGAAAGUGUUCAAGGGAGUGGCGAUGUUUUAAUGCAUUUAAGUACGUUUUUGUUUCUAACCACAGAAGGUGAAAGAAGAAUUGUUUCAAGAAUAUUACUGAAGAGUACUGCUUUGGCAAGAAGAAAUUUUGAAACGACUUUAUCAAAUAACGUAUUUUCAGCAUCAUCCUUCGACCAUGAAGCGAACGGAGGGAAAGUGCAUAUUUCGAUGCUUCCAAAUCCAUCACAUCUGGAAGCUAUUAAUCCUGCUGCUGUUGGGCGCUCUCGAGCAAAAGCAGCAAGUAAGCGAAUUGGGGAUUAUGGUGGUCAACAAAGUAGGAGUGGUGACGGUGUUUUAUGCGUUCAGAUUCACGGUGAUGGCGCAUUUACCGGGCAGGGUGUGAUAUGGGAAACAGCAUCGUUGUCUCAGACGCCUCACUUCAGGAUCGGAGGCAGUAUUCACUUUGUUACUAACAACCAAAUAGCUUAUACUGCUGAAGCUCAUAUUGGCAGGUCAAGUGUUAACUGCACAGAUUUGGCAAAGGCCAUUGAUUCUCCAGUUAUUCAUGUGAAUGGAAACUAUCCAGAAGAGGUGGCAAAGGCAGCGCAGCUAGCUCUAGAUUAUAGGGACAAAUUUAGAAAAGAUAUCUUUAUUAAUUACCUUUGUUAUCGGCGUUGGGGACACAAUGAGAUGGACGAUCCUCGUUUUACACAGCCAGUUAUGUACAAGGUGAUCGAUAACAGAAAAUCAGUGCCUGACCAGUAUGCAGAUGCUUUAAUAGAGCAAAAUAUUAUGAAACAGGAUGAAAGGGAGAAUAUCCUUAAACAGCAAAGCGAUCGUUUAACGAAUGAAUUUCGUGCAGUGAACAGUGCGCUACCCGAGGCAAAACAUUUGAAAGGCCGUUGGACUGGAAUGAUUCAGGCACCUCAUAGCCUUGAAACUUGGGAUACUGGCGUUAGCAGAGAUUUACUGCGUUACAUUGGAGCGAAAUCUGUUACUCUACCGAAAAACUUCGUGGUCAACAGUCACUUACAAAAAAUGCAUGUCGAAGCUCGCCUUAAAAAAAUGGAAAGUGGUUCAAAUAUUGAGUGGGGUACUGCUGAAGCGUUGGCAUUUGGAUCGCUGCUUUUACAAGGUUACGACAUAAGAAUUAGUGGUGAAGACGUUGGCCGUGGAACAUUUUCUCAACGCCAUGUCGUUCUUGUUGAUCAGGAUACAGAUCUCGCUAACAUUCCGUUAAAUAACCUCGUACCAAAUCAAAAAAAUUUCUUAGAAGUUGCAAAUAGUAUCUUAUCUGAAGAAGCUGUUCUUGGUUAUGAAUUUGGAUUCAGCAUAGAAAGUCCUCGCCGUUUAUGCAUAUGGGAAGCUCAGUUUGGAGAUUUCUUUAAUGGGGCACAAAUAAUGAUUGAUACGCUGCUUGCUUCAGCAGAAAGUAAGUGGUUGACUCAAACAGGCCUUCUACUCAUUUUACCUCAUGGCAUUGACGGAAUGGGUCCUGAACAUAGUAGCUGUCGGAUGGAACGUUUUCUCCAGCUUUGUGACAGCCGUGAAGAACAAAAUCCACCAGAUGGUGAAUCGGUCAACUUGCGUAUUGCAUAUCCUACAACUAGUGCGCAGUACUUCCAUUUGUUACGUAGACAGGUUUUGCCUCCGUACAGGAAACCGCUCGUUAUGGUAGGACCAAAAGUGCUUCUUCGACACCCCAUGGUUCGUUUUCUAGUUAAUAUGGCAAAACAAGUGCCGCAAGCUGCCAGUACUUUAGCAGAUAUGGAUGAAGGGACUUACUUCAAGCCAGUGAUUACCGAUGACGGUGUACCUGCCAAGAAAGUGGUGUUUUUGACUGGGAAGCAUUGUUAUACGCUUAUGAAAGCACGUGAAGAGCGGAACAUUGACGAUGUUGUAUUUGUCCGCCUUGAAUCGCUUUGCCCAUUUCCUGUUGAAGCUCUUAGAGAAGCCUUGCUUAAAUAUCCAAAUGCUCAACAGUAUGUUUGGUCGCAAGAGGAAGCUCGGAAUUCUGGCGCUUGGUCGUUUGUACGACCUCGUUUUUACAAUGCGUUAGGUAUCCAGCUAAAAUACUGUGGUCGACCGGAACUGGCUUGGAAUGCAACAGCAAUCGGUAGUAUACAUGAAGCUGAGGGCAAGAAAGUUAUCGAUGAUACAUUUGCCGCCUAA